GCCUGUUGUUGUUUCUUCCCGUCUAACCUGUAGGGGAUUGCUUUUUGGUUAUUCCAUUUAUUGGGUACUACUGUUAACGACUGACUGGUUUUUGCUCGUUUUGUUUUCUGGUUGGGCGGGUUUAGUUAUUUUAGUUUUGACAAAUUCAGCCACGGUGGGGUUUUUUUUUUUGACUGGUCGCGGGCUCUUGAGUUUACGUUUCUUGGUCUUAGCUGGGAGAAAGGGUGUGUCCGUCUCUGAUUGGUGGGAUUUUGAUGCCCAUUGAGUUACUUUGUCCUGAAUGUUGGGAGAACCUGUUCACGUUGAUUGAUGAUUAGUUAGUGUCUAUAGCGAGGUAGUGGCUUCGCGGCUGGGUGAUUUCGUCGCCGGUUUUAACUGUUCUGCUUUACUGAUUACGGGGCUGCAUCCAGCGGUAAAUACACAGUUCAAAAAAGAAUACCUGCUAGGACUACACCAUGCAAAUCACACGUGGCAUUAUGAACGGACGUUACCUCAAGGUGCUUGUUCUGUGUAUCAUCGGCGGGGUUGUUCUCCAUGUAUUCUCCACGCUGCUGGAUAUGAAAAAUACAUCUAAUAAACUCCAGACAUUGCUAACGGAACUGUCAAAAGAACGGAAAGACGUCCCGUUUCCGAAACCGUUAACUAGUCGACCGUUCUCAGGUCGUAAAAUGCCAGAUGUUGAUACCUCGGUCCUUGCCGGUGUGAGGAAGAAAGGACUGGUUAAAAAUCUGCCACGUGGUGAACAGUUGAAAGCCAUGGAUGCAGAUGGAAUUUGGAAAACGUAUCACAGUUACACGGACAACAUCGAUAUUAUUUGUGAACGUCGACUUAGGAUGGGUAAAAUAGGAAAUGGAGGCUGGGAAGUGUGUGAUGAUCCACCAUACAGACCCAUUAAACCAUGCAUAGUGUACUCGUUUGGAAUCAACUUCGACUUCAGUUUUGACGACGAUGUGGUGAAGAGUUACGAAUGUGAUGUCUAUUCGUUCGACCCAAGUAUGUCUAUGAAGACACAGAGAAGGAAAAGAAAAAACAUGUUUUAUAAAAUUGGUAUUGGAGGUAAAGACGAAACAAAUGAUAAAAAAUGGCAGUUGAUGACUCUAACUUCAAUACGCAAGAUGUUGAAUCAUUCUAAGUCCAUUAUUGACGUUUUAAAAAUGGAUGUUGAAAAAUCAGAAUGGGCUUCUGUACCUUCUAUGCUCGAAGCUGGAGAGCUCAAAACGGUUAGACAACUCUUACUGGAGUUCCACACAGGGUGGCAGAAAACGUACGAAGAAGGCCUCUCCAAGCUGAAGUUGAUGUCAGAUCUUGAACAACAUGGAUUUAGAAGAUUUGCAGUAAAUAAAAAUCCAAGUUGUAUGUUAAGAAUUCCACGCAUAUUUCCUCUGCUAAGGACUGGAUGCCAGGAAGUUCACUUUGUUAAUAUUAAUUUACUACCCUAGUAACUGUAUUAUAUAUAAUAUAUGUGAUAUAUGAAGAACAGUGUUACCUGUAUUGAUUUGUGAAACUGCUGGAGAGAGAUCACAUAACUUAACCCUUGAUCGAUAGGCUUGAAAAGACUCAAUCUGAUCAGAAAUUUGUGCUAAUUUAUUGACGGAAUAAUCCGUUAUGCUAGGCUCAGACUACCAACUUCCAGCAGAAAGUUGACCAACUUUCUGCUCUCACGACUUCUAUGACUGUCCAGUUGCUAGUCUGUGUGCACACUUAUAACUUAAUUGUCCUCGCAUACAACUGCUACGACCGAUUAGUUGUUAAUCUGAGCACACCCCAAGUCGAAAGUUGGGGAAAAUUACAAACGCAACUGUCCAGUGGGCCAACUUUCUGCUGCAGUUAAUAGUCUAACCCAAGCAUUACUCGCUCAAUAGCUGAUGUGUGUUUUUGUGCUGAGGUGACGUUAAUCAUUCAUUGAUUCAUUCAUUCGGUCGUGUGCAGAUCUACUAAUUUAGCAUUCCUUAUUUGUUAUGCAAAUUACAUUUGUCCCGUCAAAAAGGUUCGAGUCAAAUGACUAAAUCAUUGUUAACAUCUUCAUAUUUUGGGUGCAAUGCGUAUAUUUCAUUAAGGGCAUGAAAAGUAUCGAUCGCAUUGAAGAAGUGGGUAUAUAUACACAUAUACAUAUACACAUACACAUUUCUUUCUAUUUUAAAUUGAUCGCAGUAGCUACAAAAGGUUCAUCUAUACCAGAAAUAAUGUCGCACUGCCUCAAUUAAUAAUAUUGUGACGAACCAUGAUAUUUUGGGGUCAUUUGGGGACAAAGUCGAAGUCAUUAUUUAAUAUAGAAAGUACCUACCGUCUCAAUAUUAAGAUAGUCCGUCCGUGACAAAAGGUCAGUAUGAUUUUGUGGGGUUUUUCAUGUUAGCCUUGUUUUGUGCUGGUACUGGAAUACAUUUAACAUUAACAGAGGAUGUAUGUCUGUAUGUGAUACUUUUUCACGAUGGCAGCUCUCUACUUACAUUUACAUUUCAAUUUAUUUUCCUGCCUAUAUCAAAUUAAGGUUCAAACACGCUGUCCUGGGAACACACCUCAGCUGUCUGGCCCUGCGCUUAUAAAACGUAAAGUCCAGACUUUAAAGUAAUGCUAUU